AUGUCAACCCUGCCUACAUUGUGUUCGAAAUUUCUUCAGAGGGGAACUCAAAGUGGUAUAAAACUGAAAUCUCGCAUCAUGUCGACUGCAUCACGCCCGCUGUCAACAUUCCAGCCUAUCGAUUUUGUUCCCCCUGACAUUCAGUUUGACGUCACUAGACGAUUUCUUGCGGAUCCAAAAGAGAACAAGAUCAAUCUUGGCCAGGGGACAUACAGAGAUGAGACUGGAUCACCUUGGGUGCUUCCAUCUGUUCAAAUGGCCAAGGAUUCUUUAGGAGGAAUCAAUCAUGAAUAUCUACCUAUUGCUGGAUUCCAGCCAUUCGUGGAUGAAGCGACUAAACUCUUGUUCGAUGGCACUGCGGCUCUUGCCGAACAAAAGGUCGCCUCUUGCCAAUCCCUUUCUGGAACAGGAGCUCUCAUGCUCCUCGGUCUGACUCUGAAAAAGCUUAGUGCCGCUCCUGAUACCAUUUAUAUCACUGAUCCUUCAUGGGUGAACCACCAGUUGAUGUUCUCGACGAUUGGAUUUAAGGUUCAACAAAUUCCAUACUAUAAAGACGGUGGCUUUGACUUCGACUCAUAUAUCAGUACUUUGAAGAAGGCUAUCCCAGGGUCACCAAUUUUGCUCCACACAUGCGCUCACAACCCUACCGGCUGCGACCCCACAAGAGAGCAAUGGAAGACCAUUGGCUCUGUUAUCAAAGAGAUAGAAUUAUUCCCUAUCUUCGACUCUGCAUACCUUGGAUUUAACUCCGGGUCUUUCAAUGAUGAUGCUUGGCCAAUCCGAUACUUUCUAGAGCACUUGAACGUUGAGCUUGCUGUCUGCCUCUCAAUGGCGAAGAGUAUGGGUCUCUAUGGAGAGAGAAUUGGUCUUGUUGCAUGCGCCCUGUCAUCAUCCUCUGCAGCCAGAGUUGCACAGUCGGUACUUCAAAACGUGCAGCGAGCUACAAUCACCGCACCCCCAGCAUACGGGGCCCGCGUAGCUGCUGCUGUUUUGCUCACGCCUUCGAUCAGAAAGCAAUGGUCAAAGGAUCUUGUUGUGAUGUCAAGUCGCAUUCAGAGGAUGCGCCAACGAGUGUAUGAAGAGUUGCAGCGUCUUCACACGCCGGGUGACUGGUCUCACAUUAUUCGACAAACGGGAAUGUUUGCGUAUCUUGGCAUUAACAAGGCUCAGGUCAAGCAUCUUGAAGAUCAAUUCCACAUAUAUAUGGUAGAAACUUCGCGGGUAUCUAUUCCUGGGUUGAACGAUCAUAACGUGAAGCAGUUUGCAUGGGCGCUUGAUCAAACCGUGAGAACGAUCCAGUAA